GUUCAAACCUAUAUUUGCGAAACUUUCAAAACCUUCAUUAUUUAUUAUGCCUUUAUCACUCUUUUAUUGCACCUCCCGCUCCAACAGCACAUUGCUAUGACGGAACAAAGCCGCUCUUACGAACAGGAGACGUUAAGAUUCAUCAGCUGCCCGCUCAUCGCCGUUGCGUUGUGAUUCGGUUCAUGACUUACACUGAAAGGCACAUUCAACCUACUCUUCACGCGUUGAAUACAUAAUAGCGUGUAUGCACUCACUAAACAGGGAAGAACAUGCCCCCAAAACACGAGAUCACCGUUACAGCGGACAAGCCCAUGCCACAGGGAUAUGCAUUCCUCCCCAAAGGGAGCCAGUACAAGACUUUGCAUUGUCGCAAGUUGACCCACGAGGCAGGUAGACGGGUCUAUGUAGUGGUCGAGGGAAAGGGCAAAAGGGUGCUGGGCAUCAGGGUUCCGAAAUCCAUAUUUUUCCAGGUUCAAUCGCUUGCACGAGAGACUUUCGCUUCGCGCCGCGCUGCUACGGCACAACGGGACAAUGCACUGAUUCGUCAAGCGGCUAUGGCCAUAGAGACUCAGUUUCCGGAUAUUCCUGAAGACGAGAAAGAGGCGGUACUCAAACAUGGAUUUCGGAAGUACUCUCGGAGGGUUGGCCGAACCGGCCAGCUUGCCAUGGAGAAGAGAGUAAAUCUAGCCGUCAUCGCCCACAUAAGGCACAAACAUACCGAGUAUGACAAGCUUUUGGGUGAAGGCAUGGUUAAGAAAAAAGCGAGGCUGGAGAUCCGAAAGAAGACACAAGCCGUGUUGCAUGAAUGGGGCGCAAAGGAGGAUUUUACUUGGUAUUUUGGUGACUCAGAGAGUGAAGGAGAAGAAGAGAGUUGUGAAGGUGAUUCGGUCUGUUUUCUCACCGUAUCCCAUACAAAUUCAUAACUCGACUGACUCCUUGCCAUAGCCUAUCGUCCUAUCACCAUACGCUUAGUCUGUUCCUAGAGGUCAGUAUUCGCGGAUUUCUAUUGGUC